AUGGUCGCUCGUUCAGCGAAGUCAAAGGAAGACAAACCCAAACCAGCAAGUCUCGGUAGCUAUGCGGCUCUUCCGUUGAUGAAUAUUGUCUUUGGUCAACUGGUGGGAAACUUCAAUGAGUACUUUAUACCGGGAUCGGGUAUUACAGAGCAAUCAUUCAAGUCCUCGGUCAACCAAGACAGCCUCCGCGCUUCAGGGGCCUUGCGCCUGGAGUACACCCAGGCUCUCUUUUCACUUCCUGUGAGCAAGCUAGACGAGAUGUCAGUCGGAACUGUCACACAUGCAAUUACGGCGCUGUCAAAUACGAUCCAGCAAAGUGUUUCUGAUCGACUCGCCAUUCUGUUCCAGUCAAUCGCCUUGUUAAUUGCGGCUUACGCAAUUGCCUUCAGGUAUUCCUGGGCACUGACGCUUGUUGUCAGUGCGGCUAUUUUAUUUGUGAUCAUUGGCUUUAGCCUGACAACACCAUUUUUGGUGAAGACACAUCAGAGUGUGGACCAAGCAGACGAGAAGCACGCAGCACUCGCCUCAGAAAUAUUUGGCUCUAUCCGGACAGUGCUUUCCUUGGGUGCUGAGCAACCACUCUCCAAAAAGUAUACUCGGUGGGUCGAAGAAUCGCGAAAACGUGGCCUGGGUAUGUCUUUGGUCAGCGGGAUUCACCUUGGAAUGCUCUUCUUUGCCAUGUAUGUCAGCUUCUCUCUAGCCUUCUGGUUUGGGUUGAAGCUGUAUCGUGAAGGCCACAUUGCUAAUAUUAACACUGUGAUCACGGUGUUCUUUUCGGUGCUCCUCGUGGUCACUAUUCUGGGAGGUAUUGCGGGGCCAAUAAUGGCUAUCACGAAGGCCAUAGGUGCAUCAGGUGCCUUCUUCGGUGUUAUUGAUUCAAAGCAGGAUACUGUACCUGGAAUUCGAGACCCGGAGUUGUCACAUGCUGAUAUCGUGUUUGAGAACGUGACAUUUUCCUAUCCCACACGAAAGGAAAUGACUGUGCUUAAGGGAUUUAAUGCACGAUUUGAGCGGAAUAAAACCACCGCUCUGGUUGGCUCCUCCGGUUCGGGGAAAAGCACUAUUGUCGGUUUGAUUGAGCGAUGGUAUCAAAUUCAGUCUGAGAAAAUUCAAUCUGAGCUAGUUCAGUCCGAGCAAGUUCAAUCCGAGCAAGUUCAAUCCGAGCAAGUUCAAUCCGAGCAAGUUCAGUCCGAGCAAAGUCAGUCUGAGGAAGAAGAAAGUUCCACGCCAGGUCAAAUCCGUGUGGGACCUCACAACAUCAAUGACUUGGAUGUGAAGUGGUGGCGAUCGCAGAUUGGACUUGUUCAGCAAGAGCCAUUCUUGUUCAAUGAUUCAAUAUACAAUAACGUUGCUUUUGGUCUGAUCGGAUCGCAGUGGGAGAAUGAUACAGAUUCUGUGAAGAUGGAACUCAUCACCGAAGCUUGCAAGCAAGCCUUUGCAGAUGAAUUUAUCGACCGCCUUCCCAAGGGUUACUUUACCACUGUCGGGGAAGGUGGAAUCACAUUGAGUGGCGGACAGCGCCAAAGAAUUGCCAUCGCGCGAAGCAUCGUCAGCCAACCACAGAUUCUCAUUCUUGAUGAAGCGACCAGCUCAAUCGAUGUCCAAGGAGAAAAGAUUGUUCAAGCAGCCCUCGACCGUGUAUCCAAGGAUCGCACUACAAUUAUGAUCGCUCAUCGCUUGUCCACCGUCCGCCGCGCGGACAAGAUCAUCGUCAUGAAAGACGGCAAAGAUAUUGAAGAAGGUUCCCACCAAGAGCUCAUACUCAAGGAAGGGAUGUACCAUGGCUUAGUUCAUGCGCAACGGCUAGAGCCACUGACAGAUAUGAUGGAAGACGACGUACCGGGUUCGAUUUCUUCGGAGAAAGAAGAAGUCAGGUAUGAAGCUUACACCAACAAAGAAGGCAGCGAUCAAGAUUGCCAGGAUAGCUCCGAACCUGUCAAAGACUUUGGCUUUUUCCACAGCUUUGGGGUGCUCAUUUAUGAAAAUCGUAGCCAUUGGGUCCUCUAUGCACUGACGCUGAUCGGGGCUGUAGGGGCAGGUUCCGGAUUUUCCUUACAAAGUUGGCUUUUUGCCAAACUGGUGCAGGUUUUCCAGUUCACUGGCCAGAAGCUUGUGGACGCUGCAAACUUCUGGGCAUUGAUGUUUUUCAUCCUCGCCCUUGCCAUGGCGACCUUUUAUUUUAUGCUAGGCUUUUCGUCGAAUUCGAUAUCAAUGUUCGUCGUAUCCACUUCUCGGAUAGAUUAUUUUCACAGCCUCUUGUCCAAACCGGUGUCGUACUAUGAUCGCGAGGAGAAUUCCUCGGGUAGUCUGGUUUCCAGACUGUCCACUGAUUCAAAACAGUUGCAGGAGACGUUUGGUCCUACUGGUGUUUUUCCUCUCAUCUCGAUCUUUAACAUCCUGGGAUGUGUUUCAAUCUCCUUCGCCUUUGGAUGGAAGCUGGCGGCUGUCACAUUUUUUGCCGCCAUGCCAUUCAUCUUUUUCUCAGCCUUCAUGCGCAUUCGAUAUGAGAUCAAAUUUGAGAGCCUAAAUGCUGCAGUUUAUGCCGAUAGCUCCAAAUUCGCAACGGAGGCGGUCGGGGCCUUCAGAACGGUCACUGCUCUGACCAUGGAAGAUACAAUUUUGGAAAGAUAUUCAAAGCUGCUGAAAGAUCAGCGUCAAAAGGCCAUCCGGAAGGCGUGGUACGCAACUUUGGUAUUUGCGUUUUCCGAUAGUGUUGAGCUAUGCGCCAUGGCGCUCGCCUUCUGGUACGGCGGGCAGCUCCUCGCGUCACACGAAUAUGACCCAGUUGCAUUUUUCGUGGUAUACAUUGCCAUUAUCCAAGGCGGCCAAUCUGCUGGGCAGUUCUUCAGUUUCGGUCCAAAUAUUGCCCAGACCAAGGCUUCUGCCAAUCGCAUAUUGGCUGCACGGCUACCUGCCACAGGACAGAUUCAGCAUGUUGCGACAGGGCCUCUCUCUUCGGAGGACAAACCCAGUUCCUCUGUUGAACUUAAAAAUGUCUCUUUUCAAUAUUCUUCUCGCGAGGUACCAACAUUUGUCAAUCUGAAUCUCUCCAUUGAGAGUGGUCAAUUUGUAGCAUUUGUCGGACCUUCAGGCUGCGGAAAAUCUACGCUCGUCUCGCUACUCGAGCGCUUCUAUGACUGCACCCAGGGAUCCAUCCUAUUUGGUGGCCGAGACAUCUGUUCCAUUGAGAUGUCCUCUUACAGAAAUGCCUUGUCCCUUGUCUCCCAGGAGCCGAAACUCUUCGAAGGCACCAUCCGCGAGAAUCUCCUCCUCGGUCUGGACGCCCCCAAUAACCCGAACACCGAGGACCAAAUGAUCCAAGCAUGCAAGGACGCUGAAAUUUAUGACUUCAUAGUGUCCCUGCCUGAUGGGUUCUUGACGGAACUUGGCGUCAACGCUCAGACCUCGAUGAGUGGUGGACAAAAACAGCGUAUUUGUAUUGCGCGAGCUUUAAUCCGAAAACCGCAACUUCUGCUUCUUGACGAGGCUACAUCCAGUUUGGACUCUCAGUCGGAAAGUCUUGUACAAGGUGCUAUGGAGAGAUUAGCAAGCAAGCGCGACAUGACUAUUAUUGCGGUCGCGCACAGACUAGCAACCAUUCAGAAAGCCGAUGCGAUUUUUGUCUUCGGAGAAGGUGCCCCGGGACAGGGAUCGAGAAUUCUUGAGUCCGGAACGCAUCAUGAAUUGUUGCGCAGAAAAGGGGUUUAUUGGUUGAUGUGUCAAGCGCAAGCUCUCGACCGGUGA